GCGGCGUGCAGCUGAUCAGUUCGCGCAAGUGCGCACCUCCGCCUCUCCCGAGCUCCGCUGCAGGCCUGCAGCCGCGCCGGGUCGACCAGAUGGCCACCGCGACGCACGACGGGGCCCCGGGCUCGAACGGCGCCGGGGGCGUCGAGAUGGUGGAGGCGAACGAGCUCCGGCGGCGGGGCAAGCCCGCCAGCGACGACCGCGCGGCCUCGUUGCCGCCGGCCCGCGACGGGGCGGGCGCGGCGGAGGACGAGGCGGCGCCGUCCGUGGAGCGCGCGUUCGCGGGCCAGCCCGUGCCGUCGUGGCAGGAGCAGCUGACGGUGCGCGCCUUCGUGGUCAGCUUCUUCCUGGCCGUCCUGUUCAGCGUCAUCGUCAUGAAGCUCAACCUCACCACGGGGGUCAUCCCCUCGCUCAACAUCUCCGCGGGGCUCCUCGGCUUCUUCUUCGUCCGCCUCUGGACCGCCGCCAUCGAGCGGGUGGGGCUCCUCAAGCAGCCCUUCACGCGCCAGGAGAACACCGUCAUCCAGACCUGCGUCGUCGCCUCCUACGGCCUCGCCUUCAGCGGGGGCUUUGGUAACUACCUAUUAGCUAUGAGCGAUAAAAUUGCUGCCAUGUCAACUGAGGCAAAUGAUGCUCAAAAUAUCAAAAAUCCGCAUCUUGGAUGGAUAAUUGGUUUCCUGUUCCUUGUCAGCUUCAUUGGGCUAUUCGGCCUUGUGCCACUAAGAAAGAUUAUGAUAGUUGACUACAAGCUGACGUAUCCUAGUGGCACUGCAACAGCCUACCUCAUAAAUGGCUUUCAUACGCCCCAGGGUGCCGAGCUUGCAAGGAAGCAAGUGAAGAAAUUGGGUACAUUCUUUGUCCUUAGCUUUGUUUGGGGUUUCUUUCAGUGGUUCUUUACUGCUAACGUAGAAGAAUGUGGAUUCCAAAAGUUUCCAUCACUAGGCCUGCAAGCUUACAAAAACAGGUUUUACUUUGAUUUCUCUCCUACGUAUGUUGGAGUGGGAAUGAUUUGCUCACAUAUUGUCAACAUAUCUAUUCUCCUGGGAGCCAUCCUCUCAUGGGGAAUAAUGUGGCCCCUCAUAGCCAAGAAAAGGGGAAUAUGGUUCUCUGCUGAUCUCGAUGACACUAGUCUUCGCGGAAUGCAAGGUUACAGGGUCUUCAUAGCCAUAGCCUUGAUUCUCGGGGAUGGUCUAUACAACUUCCUAAAGAUAUUCAUUCUCACAGUGGUCUCGUUAAGAUCUCAGCUCAAGAAAAGUAACGCUAGCACACUUCCUAUCUCUGAUGAUGGCACAGUUCCUGACACCGCACCUAUCUCAUACGACGAAGAGCGGCGCAACGAACUCUUCCUCAAAGAUCAAAUUCCUUGGUAUGUUGCACUUGGAGGCUAUGUUGUUAUUGCUGCCAUAUCUAUCGGUGCUGUCCCGCAGAUAUUCCCACAGCUGAAGUGGUACCACAUCCUGGUAGCCUACAUUUUUGCUCCUGUACUUGCCUUCUGCAAUGCCUAUGGAGCUGGCCUCACUGACUGGUCUCUAGUUACCACCUACGGAAAGCUUGCGAUCUUCGCGUUCGGUGCAUGGGUGGGGGCCUCGCAUGGUGGCGUUCUUGCUGGCCUAGCUGCCUGUGGCGUGAUGAUUAACAUCGUGGGCACUGCUGCUGACCUGAUGGGGGACUUCAAAACAGGAUACCUGACACUGGCCUCACCAAGGUCAAUGUUCAUCAGUCAGGUCAUAGGCACGGGAAUGGGCUGCGUCAUCGCUCCCUGCGUGUUCUGGCUCUUCUACAAGGCCUUCGGCAACAUUGGCGUCGACGGCAGCCAGUACCCCGCGCCGAACGCCGCCGUCUUCCGGAGCAUGGCGAUACUUGGCGUCGACGGCUUCUCCUCGCUCCCGAAGAACUGCCUCACCCUCUGCUACGUGUUCUUCGCCGCGGCGAUCGUCAUCAACCUGAUCAGAGACCUGGUGCCCAAGAAGUUGUCGCGGUUCAUCCCGAUCCCGAUGGCGAUGGCCAUCCCGUUCUACCUCGGGGCGUACUUCGCGGUGGACAUGUUCAUCGGGACGGCGAUACUGUUCGUGUGGCAGAGACUUGGCAGAGCCAAGGCGGACGCGUUCGCGCCUGCGGUUGCGUCAGGCAUGAUCUGCGGCGACGGGUUAUGGGUCCUGCCUCAGUCGGUGCUGGCCCUCGCCAAGGUGAAGCCUCCGAUCUGCAUGAAGUUCCUGUCGAGGACGAUGAAUGACAAGGUGGAUGCUUUCCUUACAACGCUAUCGUAGAACGUUCGGUGGAGAUGACAUGUGUCAGUUAUGACUGAUGAAGCCAAUGUUCAGUCUGCUUCCCAUCUGAUGUGUGUGCAAUGGGUAGUCAUCUUCUGCUUCAGUAAAUCCGUGUCAGCAAGAAGUGUUCUGAGGUUGAUAAUAUGUAUAUCAGUUAAAAAAAGUUGUGUACAGGUUGCUUUACUAAAUAUGAUAAGUCAUGUGUUUCUUA